GGCAAAAGAGAAGCUAUAAAAGGAAAGCGGUGAGCUGCAGAAACCCGCCAAUCGGGAAGUAAUGGGAGGGAGGGAGUGAGCUGGGAUUCGGAUUGGGAUUGGCUCUGCUAGAAUGAAUGAUGAUUGAUGUCGAUGAAUGAAGGAAUGGCAUUGGCAGUGGGGUGGUUCUGAGCUAGGGAUGGCAACAAAAACCCGAAUUUACGGGUACCCAUCCGACCUAACUCGAUCAACGCGGGUAAAAUUCAUGUUGAGG